AUUCUGCUUUCGUCACUUUGUCUUGGCGCGAAAGUCUUUUCAUGUCUUGCGGGUUUUGUUAUUUCUCCGAGUGGUUGACCGCUGUUUGCCUGUCGUAUUACCGCCUCAAUAGUUUCAGUGCAUUUAACUGCCAAGGUGUUUUUCAACAAAAUGAUCGGGCAGAAAACUAUUCAUUCAUUUUUUUCGCCCGUGUCGAAAAAGAGGAUUUCUAAGGAGUUGAAUGAAUCCGAGGAGGAGGCGGAAAACUCGAAAAAGCUGAAGCCCUCGGCGGCGGAGUCUGAGCCGUCCAGCCCGCCGUCAUGCCCCCUGUCCCCGGAGCAGCUCGAACGCAUCGCGCGCAACAAGAGAGCGGCUCUGGAGAAACUCUCCUCCGCCCAGACGCCUCCGGGGUUCGGGGAGAGCUGGAGAACGGGCCUGUGUGCGGAGUUCGGAAAGCCUUACUUCAAACAACUGAUGAGCUUCGUUUCUGAAGAGAGGAAGCGCCACACCGUGUAUCCACCAGCUGAGCACGUGUUCACCUGGACACAGAUGUGUGACAUCCGAGACGUCAAAGUGGUGAUCCUGGGCCAGGAUCCGUAUCAUGGCCCUAAUCAAGCACACGGCCUGUGCUUUAGUGUCAAAAGACCAGUGUCUCCUCCACCCAGUUUGGAAAACAUGUACAAGGAACUGGCCUCGGACAUCGAAGGCUUUCAGCAUCCUGGACAUGGAGAUCUGACUGGAUGGGCCAAACAAGGUGUGUUGCUGCUCAACGCCGUGUUGACCGUGCGGGCGCACCAAGCCAACUCCCACAAGGACAGAGGCUGGGAGAACUUUACCGAUGCCGUGGUGCAGUGGCUCAGCGACAACCAGCAAGACCUCGUCUUCAUGCUGUGGGGGGCGUACGCUCAGAAGAAAGGAGCUGCUAUAAACAGGAAACGGCACCACGUGCUGCAGGCGGUGCAUCCCUCUCCAUUGUCUGCCCACCGGGGAUUUUUUGGCUGCAGGCAUUUCUCAAAAGCCAACGAGCUGCUGGAAAAAUGUGGAAAGUCGCCCAUAGACUGGAAGGCACUUUAAGCUAAUGAUCUACACGUCAACCUUCCUAACAUGUGUGACGAUCAACUACAGACCAGAACCCACACAUAAGCUUUGUCUUUUCUCUUACACAAGUAGCAUGUGCAGAAUGUUUGUUCUGAAUGUUGGCAGUUAGUUUCAUAGACUGAAAUUGUUACAAGCUGUUCCUCAAACUUACUGUUCUGAUGUGUUUUUGUAUCAUCUGCACAGGUCCAUUUCAACAUUGUAAAUAUGUAUGUGUACACUGCUGGCCUAUUAGUUUGCACAUUAAAGUCAACCUUUUUUAUAAACUUUUUUUACUUAAAUGUUGGUUCCAUUAAAGUGUUACCAUUAAGUGAC